AUGGUUGCAGACCUCAUGUUGUUCAGUUACCUCAACCAAAACACGGCUGAAUGGAUAGUUCGGGAGCCCACAAUCACCAUCAUCAAGAUGUCCGUUCUGCCAGGCGACGGCAAUCUUGCGCAGCUGGAGUUCUUCAACGCUGAUGGUGUCAACGUUGGUCGCGGCGAGUAUAUGCUGCGCCAUGGCUACGGCCUGGACGGUGAGGUCGCACCAUACGUUGGCGAUCGGUAUAUCCUUGACUACCGCAACAGCUAUUCCAUGGCUGCGCUGGGCCUGCGCGGGCCUGGUGUGGAUGCCCGCCUGCGCCUGCUGGCUGUGAUGGCGCAGACGCGGACCGUGGACCCGUUCAAGGGCCACGUCGGUAAACCCUACAGCAUCUACACGGAUGGCAGCGGUGUGAAGCUGAUUGCCACAAUGGGCACAGGCGGGUUCAACCACCGUGACAUCUUCAUCCGCGCCAUUCAUGUCCAAAAGGGCAAUUCUUCUGCGGCUGCCGUCCUCCAGAAGCUGGGCAACACCUGGCUGCUGCGUGUGACGGCCAAUGGCAAACAUGGCAGGGGUUUGCAGUUCGUCAAGAUUACCCCUGACAUCCUGGUGGACGGCAAUUGCAAGUCGGUGUCUAGCCGUGAGUCCCAGGUCUGGAACUUGGUGUGA